AUGAGUGGAAAGCAUUACAGACCGAGUGCUCUCCCUGGCCCUGCGCCCACGUCGGACAGCCCGAAAAUGACAGAGGCGAGGCCCCAAACCCCAAGAAAAGACUUUGAUGAGGCUCCCAGGCAGAAGAAUUCCGAGUCAGAUUAUGGCCACGUGUGGAGAAGCGGCUCGAGCCCCUCGGCUGACCGUGGAAAUGGGCAUCCCGGAAAAUCUCGGCGAAUUUUCGCUGUGGCUGCCCUUGCAAGCUUCAUCGCUGGGUUUCUUCUCGUGUCUUCUGGAUGGAUUGGCGGCACACCGAGGUUAAAGGGGAAAUUCUGGCGCAAGGAGCCUAAAUUUCUUGGAGGGGCGAACACGCCAAACCGGGACCUCUCUAUCGAAAACGGUGCAUCAGACGAACUGGAGCGUCCCCUGCAAGCUCAAGAGCUUCAGCAGUUCCAGGAUUACCAGCAACAUCUUGAGCCUUUGGAAGCUCAGGAGGUUAAAGAGCAAGAGGAAAUCAGUGCACCAUUGCAAGAGCAGGACCCAGGACAGCCUGAGGAAGACGAGCAGCAGCCUGAGUCUUCGCAGGUUCAGGACCACGAGAAAGAGCUUGAUCCUCUGCAGCCACAGGAAAGCCAGCAGCUUGGUGAAAACGAGGCUAAUGCUGAGUCGCUUCAGUCGUUGACGGAGGAGCAACCGCCAGAUUUCCAGAGCCCACAAGAACAGGAGCCCGAGCCAGCUCAAGAGCAACUGGAGCCGUCUGAUGCCCAGCAGCAGGAGACGUCUUCUCCGGCUUCAGUGAAGAGCCCUCUACCGCCUGAAUACUAUUUUCAACACAGUACAACCGAUGGGGGAGAGGCUAGGACUGGGGAAACGUUAUGGGGUGCAAAAAGUUCGGAAGCGUCUUCUUUGGACUUAUCUUCCAAGGGAGAAGAGCUUGCAGUGGAGGUCUCCGUUGUCCCUGACGUUGUUUCCCGAGCAGAUGAUGCAAUGCUUGAUACUGAUGGUGGAAAUUCUGGUGUUGAAGAGGCAGGAGAGAGAAACCAGCCAGAUCUCGGCUUGCAGGAGAGUCCGUUGACGCCGGUGAUGGCCUUUAAUAAAUUUGUCGAAAGUAUAAGUCCGUCUGUGGAGCGUGCUUUUGUUGAACAGUACACGUACGAGCCUCUCAGGACCUCGCAAGAGAGGGACAUUGCGUCAUACAUCAACCACCUCGUAGACUUAGUACGUUCAGUGGCACCAGGAGAGAAUGCGGAGCCCCACGAGCAAGCAGUGCAUACGGUAAGGGAAGCUCUCAUGCUGUCGCUGCUAGAAGCGGCUACAACUCGUAUUAUGGAUCUGGAGGAGCGAAGACGAGCCUUUUCCGGAGCUGCAAGUGUGGAUCCUGCCUUGGAGCCUUCUGGCACUGCAGGCUCUCGGAAUACUGCAGCGGCAUCCGUUGAAGAUUUGGACUCAACGCCUGUAAAAUUCUCGUUUUUCUUAAAACGUCUCAGCAAUUAUGUAGGCGGCCUUAACGAGAUUACACUGAUUGCCGAAGCAUUAGAAGACGAGCGGGAGAAGACAAACCAGCAAAAAUAUGUCGCCAAAAAUGCGGCUAAUAAACUAGCUAGCUUUCUUGGCGGUACUGUCAUACAGUUUUUGGAUGACCGGGAGGUCCCCUUCAAGAUGCUAGAUUACUUCGAAACAACAGUUGGCCAUAUGCUAGCUCGGUCCAGUGUGGGGCCGAAGUCUGUUAAUCCCGAGGCGGCAGUGUGGCAGGAGUUCCUGAGCACUUACGGGUGCUCACAGGACGUGUUAGAGAGGGCUCAAAUAUUGUAUGACGAAUUUGGAAUCCUGGGGGUAGUAGGUGACUUUCUGCGCGUUUUUUCCAAAUCUGUAAAUGAUAUGAGAGAAGCUCCUCACCACGAUAUCCAGUAUUUAAAGGAACUAGAAGCGAACUGGAAAGACAGUCAGGUCUGGGAGCUUUUCAGCGAUAUGAAAAAUAAUGAAGAAGACGGCAGAGCCAACGCGCGGAACUACAAAAUGUCAGCCUUGAGCCUCGCACAGGAGAAGUUGAGACGGACACCACCUGGAGCACACGAUGUUGAUGCGCAACUACUUCAGGCGGCAAUUGCUCUACUGUGA